CAUUCAACACCCAAAAAAUUCCUCCAUUUUUCGCCAAGAAGGAAUCUUCUCGAAACCACCAAAUCCCCACCGCCCUUGAAUGCAUUAUAGCAUCAUUCAAUUCAAUCAAUCACCUCUCCAAUUUCGAUCAUCUCUCAGCUGAAGAAGCAGCUUCACCGAUUUCAAUUACAUCCAAUGGCCGACGACCACGCCGUCACGCUCUACAGCGGCGCCGCCAUCGCCGACACCAAGAAGAACCCCUUCUCGCUCAAGGUGGGGAUGGCGCAGAUGCUCCGCGGCGGUGCCGUAGUGGAGGCCACCUCCGUGGAUCAUGCAAAGACGGCGGAGUCCGCCGGCGCCUGCUGCGUCAUCGUCUCCGAUCCUCCUCCGCCUUCGACGCGCCGCGGGAUCUCUCGCAUGGCGGAUCCCUCGCUGAUCAAGGAGAUCAAGCAGGCGCUGUCGAUUCCUGUAAUGGCGAAGGCGCGCGUCGGCCAUUUCGUGGAGGCGCAGAUUCUGGAGCAGAUUGGGGUCGAUUACAUCGACGAGAGCGAGGAAUUGGGGAUCGCCGACGAGAAUCACUUCAUCAACAAGCACAAUUUCGGAGUGGCGUUUGUGUGCGGGUGCCGCGAUUUGGGGGAGGCGCUGCGGCGGGUGAGAGAGGGCUCCGCCAUGAUCCGGACGCAGGGGGAAAUCAAGGGUUUGGGGAAUGUGGCGGAGACGGUGGGGAGUGUGAGGAAUAUCAUGGGGGAAAUUAGGGUUUUGAAUAACAUGGAUGAAGACGAGGUGUUCGCCUUUGCAAAGCGAAUCGGGGCGCCUUACGAUAUUGUGGUGCAGGCAAAGCAAAUGGGCCGGCUGCCGGUGGUGCAAUUUGCUGCUGGGGGGAUUGCAACGCCGGCUGAUGCUGCAUUGGUGAUGCAGUUGGGGUGUGAUGGGGUGUUUUUGGGGCAGGAGGUUUUUGAUUGUGACGAUCCGUAUAAGAGGAUUCGAGCCAUUGUGCAGGCAGUUAGGAAUUACAAUGAUCCGAUGGAGCUGGCGCAGGCGAGCAGCGGUUUGGAUCACGCGAUGGCUGGGUUGAACCUCGAUGAUAACAGGUUCCAGAUGUUUGGAUCUGGAGAUGCUUACUGAUUAUCUUUUCGUGAUGAGUGUUCUAGCCAGUAGGCAAAGCUUCGGAUACUUCAGGUGAAAAGGGCGUCAGAACGAUUACAUACUGACCAGGAUGCAUGCAAAAAAAUAUGGCUCAAGAUGGAGAAGAAGGAUAGCUGGGGCUGGUCAACCGCAAUUAAGGGCAGAGAAGUCAUUUCACAAUGAGGUUUUACCCUAAAAUCAAGGGCAAGCCUCCCUAUAAAAGGAAGCCACUUGGAGAGAUAAAAAGAAUCAUCAUCAUCCACUCUUAGGUAGAAAUCUCUCGGGAGUUCAGUUCUUCAGUCCAGUCCAGAGUCUCAUUCCUCGCCAUAGCCAUGAUCACCUGAGUUCCAGAAACCUCCGGAGUUCCAGACGUUCUCUUUCCAGUCAGCACGAUCGUAGUUAGCAGUUCCAUCGCCCGGAGUGGCAAAAACAAUCUUUAUUUGCUUUCUAGUUAAUCUAGUUUGUUUUCUCUAAGUUGGAUCUUUCGCAUUUCCAGUAUUUUGCUUAUUUUGAAGUCUUGGUUGUGAUCCAAACGUUUUCUAAAUGCUAUGAAGUUGUUUCGU